GCUUUUUCUCAGAUAAGGGAGACGACAAAAUGGAAGUGAAAGGGAAGGAGACAGCUCCGAGUCUGUGUCUGAGCAAAUACGUGGAUCCAUCGAGUGAAGAGAGUCAUAGAUACUAUCUUGCGCGGCAAAAUGCCUUGCAGAUGCUCCGAGACAGAGGCUACCAAGUCUCCGACGAAGAUAUCAAUCUCUCCCUUCACGAUUUUCGAGCUGUUUACGGCGAACGUCCCGAUGUUGAUCGUCUCCGCAUCUCCGCUCAGCAUCGCUCCGAUUCUUCCAAAAAGGUCAAGGUUGUCUUUUUUGGUACUGGUAUGGUUAAAGUCAAUGCAAUCCGCAGUAUAGCAGCGGAUGUACUUAGCCAAGAAACCAUAACCGGGCUGAUUUUGGUUCUGCAAAGCCAUGUAACCAAACAAGCCUUGAAAGCCAUCGAACUCUUUUCUUUCAAGGUCGAGAUAUUCCAGAUAACCGAUCUGCUAGUCAACAUAACCAAACAUUCACUGAAGCCACAACAUCAGGUUUUGAAUGAUGAAGAGAAGACAACACUUCUCAAGAAGUUCAGUAUUGAGGAAAAACAGCUUCCUCGGAUUUCAAAGAAAGAUGCGAUCGUCCGGUACUACGGAUUAGAGAAAGGGCAAGUUGUGAAGGUGAAUUACAGAGGCGAACUCACGGAAUCGCAUGUUGCCUACCGAUGUGUGUGGUGAAGAAACCAAUAAAAACCCAUCUUGUGU